UCUUUUACUUGGUGGAAGUGAAAUGGAAUGCCCAUUAUGCAUGAAUACACAUAACAUAGAUGACAUUUUUACAACAGAUAAACAAGAAAUUGAUAAUACCAGUACUGUUAGUCCUCCUAUAAUUUCUUUGACUCUACAUAACCUCCCUCAAGACAAUCAACAACCAGUUAUUACUAAACAAGUGCAACAAGAACAAAGUUAUAACUCACAAAUACCACCACAAGUAUUACCAAUUAUUGAACCAUUGAAACAAAAUACUGAGCCAAAACAAAAUAUUCCUGAAAACGAGAUUCAGAAUUCUCCUUCUCAUGAAACAAAACUUCCUGAGAAUGAGUUGUUAAUUCCAGUUCCUGUUCAAAUACCUGUUCAACCAGUUGAUUACUCAGAAGAAGUUCCACCUCCAAUAUAUCAACCUCCAUAUAUUCCUACUCCUCAACAACCUUCAUUUACUGUGUCUCAACCAACAAUAUCAGUAUAUCCAACUCUUGAAAAUUGUCAGGUUGUACAACCAACUCCAACAUAUGAAACUAAACCUAUGCCUCCAAAAAAAUUACCUCCUCUUCCUCCUCCAAAACCAAACACUAAUUCAACAAAUCCAUUUGAUGAGGUAUCACGAAAUAGUAAUUCUGUAGCUUCUUCUUCUAACACUUACUACUUUACAGAAGAUGAAGUUCCACCACAAUUUGCUGCAGCCUAUGGAGUUCCAAUAAAACAAAAACCACAACUUCCAAACAAAGCCAGUAAACUCAAUGCAACUCAUUUUGAUACACCUACAAAAAAAGUUCAACCACAAACAAAACAGAAUUAUCCAAGUGUUCAAAGUCCAUCAGAAUUUCAGCCCAAGUCAUUUAAUACUCCAAUAAAAAGAAAGUCUGAAUAUGUCCCAGUUACUUUUGAAGUUCCACCCACUUCUGUAAGUCAUUACACCUAUAAUCAAGAAAAGGCUGUUGCCUCAGGGAAUGUUGUUUGUUCAUCAGCAAAUUUUGAUAAUGACAAUUUACCAUUACAUUUUAUGAGACAAGAACAAGACAGUGAGAAGCUUUAUAAAUCAUUUAAUAAAUGGAUUUCUUCUGGACUUUUUUCAUCAAAAAAAUUAUUAGAAGUUAUUGAAAGUCAACCUAUUAUUUUUGAUGAUAUUCAUAUGAUUCCAUUUUUAUGGAUUCAACUUACAUUUGGGUGUGAUGGUUGUGUUGGAUAUUAUGAACGACCACUAAGCAAUGUAAUAUGUUUAUGGCAAUCAUCAAGUCCUUAUAGGCCACUGUUAUUAAAUGAAGUCAUAAUACCACCAGGAAGAAUAUAUAAAUUUGAUCCAAAUGAUCCAAAUGCAAGAACCCUCAAACAAAUAGAAAAUCCAUCAGUAGUAGAUAAAUUAUCUGGAUGGUUUAAAGGAAAUGAUUCAUUUAUUACAAAAGACAUUCCUAAAAGAUUAUUUGAAGAUUCCAAAGAGCCUGUUGGAAUAUAUCAAAAUUAUGUUCAAGGACAAAUUACUGCUUUAACUAGGGAAUAUAAACAAACUGCUUUAAAAAGUUCUACGAAUGAUUCUAGUUAUUCUUGUAAUGUUAAAAUUAUUCAAGAACGUUCAAAAGUUCAAAGAAUUUACAUCCCUUUUUGUUUUACUUCUUAUCGUUAUGAAGGAGAAUUAAAUUAUGUAUUAAUUAAUGCUGUAUCUGGAGAGGUGUAUGGGAAUAAAAAGAAAUCUGUUUUUGGUAUUCAAUGGAAUUCUAAAUAA